UUCCUUUUUUAGCAACACUAGUGAAUUUGGUAUUUUCUUCCAUGGAGCUCUGCUUCUACUCUGAGAUGUAGCGCCGCUUUUGUAAUCACAAAUCUAAUGAGCACUUCCUAUGGAAAAUCAUGCAAGACAUUUUUUUAUCAGCCAGAGGAAGUUGGCAAAGUCACCACCGCAAGCCACAAAUGAUGUUGAGGAACAAGGAUAUGAAAAGACAGAGGACACAUCAGAGAAGACGUCAUUGGCUGACCAGGAGGACGCCCGGCUUAUACACCUCAAUCAGAAGCAGUUCACAAAGUUUUGCAGCAAUCGUGUCAGCACGGCCAAAUAUAACGUUCUCACCUUUCUCCCUCGGUUCCUCUACUCGCAGUUCAGGAGGGCAGCCAACUCCUUCUUUCUCUUCAUUGCACUCCUGCAGCAAAUCCCAGAUGUGUCCCCCACUGGUCGCUGGACCACACUGGUGCCGCUACUCUUUAUCCUGGUGGUAGCUGCUGUCAAGGAAAUCAUUGAAGAUCUGAAACGCCAUAAAGCUGACAAUGUUGUCAACAAAAAGGAAUGUCAAGUUUUAAGGAAUGGCGCCUGGGAGAUUGUGCACUGGGAGAAGGUGGCUGUUGGGGAAGUAGUCAGAGCUGCAAACGGAGAUCAUCUCCCGGCUGACCUCGUCAUUCUGUCAUCCAGUGAACCACAGAGUAUGUGCUACAUUGAAACAUCUAAUUUGGACGGGGAAACGAACCUUAAAAUCAGACAGGGUCUCCAAGUGACUGCAGACAUAAAGGACAUUGAAAACCUGAUGCGGCUGUCGGGGCGGAUGGAAUGUGAAAGCCCAAACCGACAUCUGUACGAGUUUAUUGGAAACAUCCGCCUGGAUGGGCACAGCACGGUUCCUCUGGGUCCAGACCAGAUCUUAUUAAGAGGGGCCCAGCUGAGGAAUACACAGUGGGUCCAUGGUGUGGUUGUCUACACAGGACAUGACACUAAACUCAUGCAGAAUUCAACACGUCCUCCCCUGAAGCUCUCCAAUGUGGAGCGGAUCACCAACUUUCAGAUCCUCGUGCUUUUCGGCUGUCUGCUGGCCAUCUCCCUCAUCUGCUCCAUCGGUCAAACCAUCUGGAAGUACCAGUACGGCGAUGACGCCUGGUACAUGGAUCUCAACUAUGGCGGGGCUGCAAACUUUGGCCUCAACUUCCUCACCUUUAUUAUCCUUUUCAACAACCUGAUACCAAUAAGUCUGCUGGUCACACUGGAGGUUAUCAAAUUCAUACAAGCCUUUUUCAUCAACUGGGACACCGACAUGCUGUAUGAGCCCACGAACACGCCGGCUAUGGCCCGCACCUCCAAUCUGAAUGAGGAAUUAGGCCAGGUGAAAUACAUUUUCUCUGACAAGACAGGAACACUGACCUGUAAUGUGAUGCAGUUUAAGAAGUGCACCAUCGCCGGUGUGGCCUAUGGCAAUGUCCCUGAAGCUGAGGAGGGUAGUUUUGCAGAAGAAGACUGGCACAGCACACACUCAUCAGAGGAGGCUGGAUUUAAUGACCAGAGCUUAAUGGAAAACGUUCAAAGCAAUCACCCUACAGCUGCUGUUAUCCUGGAGUUCAUGACCAUGAUGGCCAUCUGUCACACUGCAGUCCCUGAGCGCACGGAUGGGAAAAUCAUCUACCAAGCAGCAUCUCCAGAUGAAGGAGCCCUGGUGAGAGCAGCCCGAAACCUCGGCUUUGUGUUUUCUGGACGAACCCCUGACAGCGUGAUUGUGGAAAUACUUGAAAGCGAAGAAAAAUAUGAACUGCUUCACGUGCUGGAGUUUACAAGCACAAGGAAGAGGAUGUCGGUCAUCAUGCGCACCCCAUCUGGAAAGAUUCGCCUCUACUGCAAAGGAGCUGACUCCGUAAUCUAUGACCGUCUGGCAGACAGCUCAAGGUACAAAGAGAUCACAUUAAAGCACCUGGAGCAGUUUGCCACUGAGGGCCUGCGCACUCUGUGCUUUGCAGUGGCAGACAUCAGCGAGUCGUCUUACCAGCACUGGCAGGAGCUCCACCACCGAGCCAGCACCUCCAUUCAGAACAGAGCCCUGAAACUAGAGGAGAGCUACGAACUGAUAGAGAAGAACCUGCAGCUCCUGGGGGCCACAGCAAUAGAAGACAAGCUCCAAGAUAAGGUACCCGAAACUAUUGAGACUCUAAUGAAGGCUGACAUUAAGAUCUGGAUCCUGACAGGGGACAAACAGGAAACAGCCAUCAAUAUUGGACAUUCCUGCAAACUCCUCACAAAGAACAUGGGCUUGCUUGUUAUUAAUGAAGACAGUCUGAAUGCAACAAGGGAAAUGCUUAGCCACCACUGUGGAUUGCUGGGAGAAGCCAUCUACAAGGAAAAUGACUUUGCCCUCAUCAUUGAUGGAAAGACUCUUAAAUACGCUCUUACGUUCGGAGUGCGGCAGUACUUUCUGGACCUGGCCUUGUCCUGUAAAGCAGUCAUUUGUUGCAGGGUUUCUCCUCUUCAGAAGUCAGAGGUGGUUGAAAUGGUGAAGAAACAAGUGAAGGUGAUCACAUUGGCCAUCGGGGACGGAGCCAACGAUGUAGGAAUGAUCCAGACAGCUCAUGUCGGUGUGGGAAUCUCUGGCAACGAGGGUUUGCAGGCAGCAAACUCCUCCGACUACUCUAUUGCCCAGUUCAAAUACUUGAAGAAUCUGCUGCUCGUCCAUGGUGCUUGGAAUUACAACCGUGUAGCCAAAUGCAUCCUCUACUGUUUCUACAAGAACAUUGUUCUCUACAUUAUUGAGAUCUGGUUUGCAUUCGUCAAUGGUUUCUCUGGACAGAUUCUCUUUGAACGCUGGUGUAUCGGCCUCUAUAAUGUGCUCUUCACUGCCUUACCUCCUCUUACCUUGGGGAUAUUUGAGCGCUCCUGUAGGAAAGAAAAUAUGCUGAAAUACCCAGAACUCUACAAAACCUCCCAGAAUGCAAUGGGUUUUAACACCAAGGUCUUCUGGGCCCAUUGUCUGAACGGCCUCUUCCACUCCGUCAUCCUCUUCUGGUUCCCCCUGAAAGCCUUCCAGCAUGAUACAGUGUUUGGCAGUGGAAAAACUCCAGACUAUCUCCUCUUAGGAAAUAUGGUAUACACAUUUGUCGUCAUCACAGUUUGUCUUAAAGCCGGUCUGGAGACUUCAUCCUGGACCAUGUUCAGUCACAUUGCCAUUUGGGGAAGCAUCGGCCUGUGGGUGGUGUUUUUCAUCAUCUACUCCUCCCUGUGGCCCCUCAUUACCCUGGCACCCGACAUGUCCGGAGAGGCGAAAAUGAUGUUCAGCUCAGGAGUCUUCUGGAUGGGCCUGUUCUUCAUCCCGGUGACUUCGCUGAUCUUCGACGUGGCCUACAAAGCUGUGAAGAAGGCGUGUUUCAAAACCCUGGUGGAUGAGGUGCAAGAGCUGGAGGCUUUAUCCAAGGACCCUGGAGCAGUAGUGCAUGGAAAGAGUUUGACGGAGAGGGCCCAGCUCCUGAAGAACGUCUUCAAGAAGAGCACGGUCCCGCUGUACCGCUCCGAAUCCAUGCAGCAGAACCUUCUCCACGGCUACGCCUUUUCUCAAGACGAGAACGGAGUGGUGUCUCAGUCUGAGGUCAUCAGAGCGUACGACACCACCAAACAGAGGACCAACGAGUGGUGAGCCGCCGCCCUUCUUGUUCCCAGCCGGACCGUUUGGAGCCACAGCUGCCGUCAUCCGCCGGGGAUAUUUAACAGAAAGAGGCGGUGGUGGGAGUGUAAACUUCCAGCACUGAAGGAAAACUAUGGACUAAUAGAUGAACUGAGGAACAAUGAAAACUCUUUGAAAAUUGUGGAAGAAAAAAAAAAAACACAAGGCAGGAGACCAACUGUGUUCACUAUCAGCUGUGUUUGUGUGUCCAGCAGAAUUGAUGAGCACUGUGCGUUUUUUGGUCUGAAGUUCUUCACUGUUCUCGCUCAGUUUUGUCAGAGCGAACUUCUUCUUCCUUCCUUUUGAAUGAAAGCUUUUUAGCACUGAGCCACAAAGCCUAAAAUCAUUGUAAUAAACCACACCUAAACACUGUUAGUACAGAGGUAAAACCACAGGACAGCGGGCAGUUCAGACGAAUCAAACUUGUAAAAGAUUGCCAAAGAGCAGUCGUGUAUACAAUCGUCCAAGUACUAGUGAAUUUGGACAAUUUUAUACCAAACGCAGAUAAAUGUUCUCCAGACCACUUCAGAGCAAAUGUUUGUAAUGUUUUCAUUUCUUUUUGCACUUAAGUGAGCAUUUCGUGUGACGCCUUACAUCUGCUCAUGCCUUCGUCCCUGUUUGUUAUUUUAGCUCGCGCUUAUUUAGGUUUUUAGUUUCAGCUUUUAAACAUGUAGAUACCGUGCCUGGUCUUUUAAUUGUUUUAGAUUUUUAUUUUAAAGCUGACAGUACUCCUGUUUCCUCCUCUUUUAACAGCCGGAGCUUGGCUCUCGACCUAGAAUCGCAUUCCACACAUCACUCCUGUCUCAACAAUCACGGCGGUGCCUACCUGAAACUUUUCCCUCUUAGAAGAAGAAGAUUGCCAAGAAUAAUUUAGUGCUACUUGGAAGCUCUCUCUCACACACUCAAAUAAAGACAAGACCACUGUCUGAACUCCACAGUAUUGCACUCCUGCAGUGUUAAAAACUGCUCCUUCAGAAUUGAGCUGAAGGUAAGCUCACAAUAGUGGUAGUGUUUCCCAUAAAAAUGCAGAUUUUAUCCCUUCUAACAUAAGUGCCAUUAGCUUAAGGGAGAGAAAUAUUAGCCAGGAAACUCCACGACAGUAUCAAAACUACUUUGUCUCUGUAGUUCUUUUGUGAAUUUGUAUUUUUAUAUUGGAGAUCUACGACUUUUGCAUUGAUUGGCUUUGUAAUGAAUCGUCUGUAUCUUUUAAUUUUUGGCAGAGUAGAAUAGAUCUGAUGUGGAAACUGAGCUUUCUUCAAUGUCUCGUUAUUAUUAAUAUGAAUAUUAUUAGUCCAGCUUGUUUUAUUUAUAUUCGACUGAUCAGUGUCUGUGUGAUUGCUUUCUUCUCCCUAUGGGAGAUCAGAUUUCUGACUGUGCGUGUCACUUCAUAGCCUGCAUGUGCAUGUGCUGUAUGUGUGUGUGAGUGGACUGCAUGUAUGUGUCCUCUGUGAGACUGGGAGUCCUGUUGUGUUUCUUUUAUUAUCUCUGUGUGUGUGUGUGUGUGUUGAUGCUCGCUCCAGUUGUCCUUCUGCACGACUUCAGGUAUAGUUCUAAUUUAUAUAUGUGUGUGCUGCUGCAUGGCCCAUACAGAGGAGUGAGUGAGUCUGUGUGCAGGAUGACUGUGAGAGGCUGUGUGUGUGUGUGUGUGUGAGUUUCAGUUCGCAUUUACACAAAGUGUUGCACAAUACACUAAAUGUACCAUUCCACCAGUUGUUAAUAUGAUCUAGUUUCUAAUUUCUAAACAGUGUGUAUGUUUCUAACUUGUUUUUCUUCAUACAACGUACCUCUGCUCUACAGGAAUGCUCUUUUGUGUUUUGAGUUUCAGAUACUUUUCAUGUUUUCUGCUCGUUAAUAGCGUAAAAACUGGUUGUUGGAAUUUUCCAAGCAGCUGAAUGUGGAUGUCGUCGUGGUGGAAGGCUUGGACUUUCGCUUUUUCUUUUCUGCCUAGAACAUAAAACGUUGUCUGUGAAGGUCGUGGGCUGCAUGAAUGGAUAACACAAACUGUUCUCUGACAUGUUAACUGUACUACUCUGGAUCUCCCUCGAGUGUUGAUCACUUUGCAAAAGAUGAUUAAAAAUGCACCUUUAAAUUGUUCUUUUUAAUGUCCGAUUCAGUUCUGUUCUUUUGUUCAAUGAUUGUUCUGCAUGUUGGGACUGCAAACCUAAUAAGUGUUGUCUUUUACUGCCAUGAAGGACUACUGAAAUAAACUCUACAAUCAUGGAGGAACAGUGCAAAA